AUGGAAGCUACUGCUGAUGUUCCCGCUCCAGAAUUUUUCAACAACUAUCCUUUGAAGGGCACUAAGUUUGACUUCGAUAGAAAUUUAAUUGGUUAUGGUGAAGAAUCUCUAGAUCCAAAAUGGCCAAAUAAAUCAAGAAUCGCUGUCUCCUUUGUCGUUAACUAUGAAGAAGGCGCUGAAAGAUCGUUAAAACUUGGUGAUGAUAUUACGGAAUCCAGUUUGUUUACUGGCUUAUCAGGUUCUGCUCGAACUUACAGAGCAUUUGAAGUGGAAAGUGAGUAUGACUACGGCUCAAGGGCUGGCGUUUGGAGAAUCAUGAGAUUAUUCAAGAAACACAAUAUGCCGAUGACCAUUUGGGCUGUUGGUCACGCUUUCCAACAGAAUCAGAAAUUAGUCGAUGCUAUGGUUAGAGACGGCCACGAAAUUGCUAGCCAUGCAUAUAGAUGGAUCCCUUAUUCUGAAACUACACCUGAAGUUGAAAAAGCAUACAUUAAGAAGCAACUUGCAACUUUGAAAGAAACUGCUGGAUAUUAUCCUGCUGGUUGGUAUUAUGGACGUCAAUCUACAUACUCAUUAGCAUUAUUGUAUGAGGCCUACAAAGAAAUGAAUGUUAACUUGAACUACGUCAGCGAUGCCUACAGCGAUGAUGUACCAUAUUGGAUGGAUGUUCCAGCUGAAAAAGAGUUACCAGCAGAGAAAAGAGGAGGAAUGUUAAUGGUCCCUUACUCUUUAGACUGUAAUGAUUACAGAUUUUUGAGUCCAAACGGUUUCAGAUCCUCCAGAGCAUUCUUUGAGCAUUUAAAGAAUGCAUUCGAUGUUCUAUAUGAAGAAGGCGGGAAGAUGAUGACAGUUGCUCUACACUGUAGAAUAAUGGGUAAGCCUGCUUAUUAUAAAGCGUUGCAGGAUUUUGUCGAGUAUAUUGCAACUAAGGAAAACGUUUGGGUUCCCACCAGAAAUGAAAUUGCAAACCACUUCAGAGAGAACUUCCCUUAUUCUAGUACUAAAACGUCUUGA